AUACAAACAAAAUGAAAUGAUUUGACUGAAUAUUUGAGGCAAAGCACCAUUCAUUUCAGAUGGGAAAAACACCUUAUUUUGAGAAACUGUUGAGUCAUAGUUGUCUUGAAUGAGGUUGCCUCUAAAUGUUAGCUGUAUGUGUGCAUCUUUGCACAUUUCAAUCAAAUAAAUCCAAUUAUUCAUGGAAUUAACUGUUUACUUCAUGAUGUCUAGAUUUUUUUAUUAAAGACAGUGUAACGGAUCAAAUGUGAAGUUUUCAUCAGAAAAAUGACCAGAAAGUAACUUGUUGUAAAAAUACAUUAUUUUUUAUAAACUAAACUUCACUCUGUCUGAAUAGGCUCUAUGCACGAGUCAUUUCCGUGUUUUACAUAAGGCCGCCCCCUCACUUCCGGUCCAGGAGAAGAAGCCAGCAUAAUGGUAGAUACUUUGCAGUUCACUCGAUGUUUGUUGGAAUUACCACGAUUUACAGUAAACGAUGUGCGAAGAAUUGUACGAGGAUGCAGUUCAGCACCGCAGAGUACACUGGAGAAAGGUUUUAGGUUUUAUGUGUCCUCGUAUCUCUGCAAUUAUGAAGUGUCAGGGAGAAACCGGGCCACCAGUGAGAUCUCGGUUAGAGCUCACUGCUAUCGGUCCAUGAAGAAAGCAGCCAAACCACACCAGCUGAGAAUUACUUUAUGUGAUUCUGAUCCAGUUGUGCUGGUUACCAGCUCGUGCUCCUGUGUGGCUGGAAUUGGGCUCUGUAACCAUUUGGUUGCAUUGCUUUACCAGACACCCCAUUAUUCAGAGUGUGGGAUGUCUGCUGUUCCUCCUGUCCUUUCAUGCACUGAGACAGAACAGAAGUGGCACAAACCUCGAACAAUGGGUGUGAAACCAGGACCAGUAGAUGCCAUGGUGGUAGUGAAACCCAAACCAGGUGCUACUUCAUCAAGUGGAGUUAGAUCAGCACUUUAUAAAGGCUACAGCGGUGAGCUGCCAGACCCAGCAACCCUCAACCCGACUGCUGUCUACACUGACUUUGACCCUGACUCUCUUCCACUGAUCUGUUCAAUGAAUAUCUCACCUGACAAACCCCUUGUGGACUCCAUAUUUGGUAAAGUACAGGCUGGCAGCAUUCUAUCCUACCAACAUCCACCUCCUACAUCUGAUUGCGUUAUCACCCACAUGGAUGCCCCACUGUUUCCAAAAGUGCCACUUGAAGACUAUCACCUAAAGCCAACAGACUGUAAAUAUGUGCCAACAGAACAAGAACAGCUGCAUUUGCAAUCACUGUCCGUAACAAAGUCACAGUCACACAACAUUGAAGAAUCCACAUGAAACCAGAGUGCAGCACCUGAGUGGCAUUCAUUGAGGAAGGAGAGGGUGACAGCUUCCACUUUUAGGGAGGUAUGCCACGUUAGAGGUGCAUCCACAGCUGAAAACCUGGCAGAGAGGAUCAUCCGAGGAACACGUCAAACAGCACUCAUGAAGAGAGGACUGGACCUGGAGAUGGAUGCCUUGAGGGACAAUGCAAAACUUAAAAACCUAAACUUGCAAAAAUGUGGACUGGUAAUUAAUCCUGAUGCACCAUGGCUGGGUGCAUCCCCUGAUGGGCUAGUGUAUGACCCAUAUGAGAGGCCACCAUUUUGGUUAGUUGAAAUGAAAUGCCCAAAUGCACAAAGUUACAUUGACUGCAGUUACAUCACAGUUAUUCAUGGCAUGCACAAACUAAAGGAAAGUCAUUCUUAUUAUUCGCAAGUGCAGGGGCAGUUGCUGAUCACUGGCAUGGAGUGGUGUGAUUUUGUUGUUUGUGCCAAUGAUGACAUGUUUGUGCAGCACAUCUACAGAGACACACCUGUGUUAAAUAUCCUACGGCACAGAUGGGAUCUCUAUGUGUCGCUAAUCAAAAAACUUAAACUGGAGCUGGAUGAAUGAAUUCAUGAUGCAUUGUUUAAUUUCAUUUGUUUAAUUUUGAUAGUUCGUGUGAUUCCAUUCAAAUAUUUGUUUCAAAACAUAAAUAACACAUUAAAUAUGCACAUUUGUUUUUUACAAUUCAAUGCAUCACACAUAUACUUUGUUACAUUUAAAAUCACAUUUGACUACUGAGGGUCUGUUUUUCUACCAUUAAAGUUAAUCCAUGCACACA